AUGUCCAAGCCUGGCUUCGACGGAAACGGACGUCCCCUCAAUGUCGCUGCGGCAAGAGCCGAGAUCAAUAGAAUCUGCCGAGAUCGGGGCAUCAUCGAUGACUACGACGAAAGCCAAAUUCGCAAGACAGAUCCGAGCUUUCAAGAAGACUACCGUCGAAGAGCUGCCGAGCACAGAGCCUUAUACGCUCGGUAUACAAAAAGCUUCACCCAACAGCUCUACUCGUCUAGGUUCAGGUUUAUUUAUGAAUUGCUCCAAAAUGGAGACGACUCCUGCUACGCAAAUGAUGUCGAGCCGUGUAUUACGUUUCGCAUCAAGUCCUGCGAGCUGAUCAUCGAGUCCAACGAGCUGGGAUUCACACUCGAGAAUGUCGAAUCUAUUUGCGAUAUUGGUAAAAGCUCCAAAGCCAGCGAUACGGAUACCACUGGCGAGAAAGGAAUGGGUUUCAAAUCAGUAUUUGGCAUUGCUAACUAUGUCCACAUCCAAUCUGGGGUCUGGUCUUUCAGGUUUGAGCACAGACAAGGCGAGGAGGGCGUUGGAAUGAUCACGCCAAAGUGGACUGACGUUACUUCUCGUCUCCCUUCAAAUAUCGGAACAAGAUUGACACUUCGAUACUAUGAUCAGCGUGAUAUCUUCACUACACGCCUUGUGUCUGAGUUUGAAAAACUACCCAGAACAGUUAUGUUUGCGCUGCGCAAGCUGAAAAAGUUAGUCAUUGUUGUGGAUGGGGUUGCUGGACGGUCAGAUUGCAUAACCUUCGAGAAAGAUGGAGAUCUAAGAUCCCAUCAAAUGUGCAUUAAGACCACUGUAACUGGGACUUUCGGCGCUCAUAAAUCUGCGACAACAUUUCUGAGGCUGUUUCAAAACACAGUCAGACAUCUCCCCUCAGACACCCAUCGUGCAAGCUCUGAGAGCGAUGUGACCGUUGCAUUUGAGGUGGAUUCAGAUGGCCAGCCCGUCAUUCCUGCCAAUGGACAGCAUGUAUUUGCUUAUCUUCCAGUACAGCGCAUUGUACAGCUUCCUUUUCUUAUAAAUGCAAAUUUUGUUCUUACCGCUAAUCGUGAGAGUGUGUCUGAUACAGAUUGGAAUAUUGCAUUACGAAAAGGAGUCGCUGUAGCAUUUGUGGGUUUUGUGAACAAAGUUGUUAUCUCUGGCGAUCCUCUGGAGUUUAAAUGGAUGCACUAUCUCCCCAAAAGAUUCGUGAAAGGCUUCUGGGAACAUUUAUGGCGUGACAUUAUGGAACUAAUCUUGCACAGCGACCUCCUCAUUUUACGAUCACGACGGAAUGAACUUCACAGCAUUAAGCACAUGGUAUCUCUUCCAGACUGGUUCAUCCACGACAACGAGCCAAUUGUGGCGGACACGGAUGAAGAUAUCUACUUAUCGGACAAUUAUAAGCCAUGCGAUCUAAGAAUCUUGCGAGAACUUGGGGUGUGGGAAAUCUCGCCUACAUUGAUUUUGGAAAGAAUAGAAUUUGGUCUUUCAGAAGGAGCGAAAACCCCUAUACAUCACAUACCACUGAAUGACUCGUGGCACACAGCCUUCGCUGCUCUUAUACGACUAGUCCUUGAGAGAUCCAUCAAGUACUCAGUCGAGCAGUUAAAGCUCUCCGUCGAGCAAUUGAGAGUAAUCCCAUUGGACGACAAUCGAUGGGUUUCAAUCUCGUCCUUGGAUGCGGAUCCAGUCUAUCUACCAUAUCUUGUCGACGAAGUAUCGGUGUUCGUAAGGAUUCCUGAUUAUCUUGGGUUUAAAAAACUUCAUGAGAUUGCCGCUGCAGACAGAGAGCGUGUGAGCUUCUACACAAGUGUCGGAAUUACCUCAUGCCACCCUGAUGCCGUAACGGCAAAGAUAUUUGAGAUGCACGAGUCAGCACAGAGAAUCGGAACACUUUUUAUGUUCAAAAUGGAUCUCGAAGUCCUCUUUUGGUUCGGAAAGCAACCGUCUCUAUCAAUGCGAGGUCAAAUGAGUAUGUUGCUUGUGAGCAAUGAAAACCAAAAAUGUCGAGGACCUUUCUUAUUCUUUCCUUCGGAAGAUAACUAUCACGCCGAGAAACUACUCGCUGCAACUCCGGAAAAGGAUAAAUCGCCUUUUGGGAUUCUUCAUCAACAAUAUCUACAAUCCCCAGCUUCUAACUACAUUCGCCAUGGUUUGGACUGGAAAUCCUAUCUUCAGCAAUGGGGGGUAAAAUACUUCCCUGAUCUGGUACAGAAAGUGCCAGCUAGGUGGAAGCUCCAUCCUCUAAUGAAGCUAAUUGCGCGAGACAAUCCCGAUCGCUUUGUCGCAAAUCUCAAAGCACAUUGGUCGGAUUACUCUGUUGAUGUAUCCAUGAUCAAGACCGAGCUGAUGAAUGUUCGGGUACCAUGUUUGAAUGGUUCCACACAAAGGCUUUGCGACACUAUCUUACCAACGCAUGAAUUGAUAGAUAAAAGUCGAGAUCCGAACCUUACUAAUCUUCUACCGAUUCUGAAACUAUCACGAGAUUGUGAUGUUCAACAACCCGAGACUUGGUUCUUCCUGAAAGAGUUUGGUGUGAUCUGUGAAGUCAAUACUGACUUUUACUUGAGAGCUAUAUCUCUAUUAGUUAGUCUUAAAGACCGUCCAUUGCUAUCAACAUGUGAAACGAUCUAUAGUGGUAUUGCUCAAACAACCGCAGUCAAAGACGCUAACACUAUACAGCAGCAAGAUUUUGCGACGCGACCGUUGAUUCGCUCGAACAGAAUAGAGGAAGCCUGGCACAAAUCAACUGAUUGUAUUUGGGAAGGUCCAAGCUUUCUCCGGGUGAAGCAGGUCUUGAAGCCGUUAUACGGGGCUAAUCCAUCUGCAUCCAGUUUCUUCAAAUCCAUUUUGAACCUGCGAGAUGUUAGCUACGAUGAUUUGAUCGACGAACUCAAGAUUCCAUCAACAAAAGCAACAGAGAGAUCACCUCCAAUCGAGAGCAAGGCGUCAGAGGUUUAUUCUGCUCUGAAUGCAAUGGCAAGCUCCGAGUCCGUGAUCCAGACCAUUCGGUACCAGCUUCAUGAUAACAACCUGAUUUAUGUUGAUCAACAGUGGCUAAAGCCUUCAGAGUGCUUGUGGAACUGUACUAUCGCCAUCUCCGGACGUCAGCCACUAGACCAUCUAUACCCUCGGCUUAAAAACUUCUUUGUCGACAAGAUGAAAGUCAGGACCGUGAAUAUCAACGUUCUUUUACAGGAACUAGGAAGAACGGCGCAGAAGACUUCCCCUGAUUUUGACGAAAUUAAGCGUAUCAUCCUUACUAUUGGAGAAGUAUUAGCCUCAGAUCCUGAGGUCGAGGUCAACGAGGAGCACCUAAGAAGUUUGACGAAAACGGCCUUUCUACCGAUCCGUGGCCCCAGCGGACUGAAAUUAUUUUCCGUGGAUCAAGCCUUCGCAAUCAAUGACCAUCAGAGAUAUGGCCAGCUCUUUGAAAACAAAGCAAAGAUCCUUGACUUUGGUCACGAAGAGAUGACUUCGUUAUAUCCGCUGUUCAGAUUGCUACAUCUUGAGGACCACUUUCUCUCGCGUCUAGUGGAGCCAAAAACAACUGUACACAUGCCAACUGCCCAUCCAGCUCUUGAGCACUAUAUCAGAGACCGGGCAUACGCCUUGUCAUGCUGUGCCAACUACUACAAUAGUCCGAAAUACUACAAUCGGAACACGACCGUGCACAAGUUACUGUUGACUGCAGAAGUGUUUGUCUGCGAAGAUAUGUGGACAGAGCUCGCGCUACCAGAGAAACAUGACUCAAUCACUGUUCAGAGUGACCGAGCGGUGGUCAAAAUCUGCUACUCUCAUGUAAAGUUGGCAAUCUAUGUCCCCGGCGACUACGAUGGCCUUUAUUCUUGCUUCCAUACAGCGCUUCCUCGUGAACUUGCAAAUGCACUUUCUAUCGAUAAUGAACGGGCAGUCAAGGUUGUCUAUCGUAUCUUGAAUGAUGACAAGAAAGAUAUGGAAGUUAUCAUGAAGGAUGAGGAUCUGCCGGGGUAUCCCUGGUUCGAAAAACCUGCGACACCACUACAGACAGUGUCAUUUCCAGCCCUGAAUGAUACAGAACCUCACAGAAGUAGUUUAGUGCUACUUGUAUCGCCAGAUAAUACGUCCUCCGGCCACGAUACUGACGACGACGACGUCGUGACACGGGUCGAUCAAAGGGACGCAGUACCACAUUCUCGAGUUGAAAGCAGCAUGCUUUCUCCAGUCCACAUUCACUCAACCGGUUCUCACUAUACAAUCUGGGAGGAGGUAGCACGGGAUCAACAGUACCAAAGGCUCUUGCGAGAAGUGAUCCGGCAAGCAAGGCGAGACGGGCGAUCUCCUCAGAAGAAAGGAGGAUCUCUAUCGCUGGAUAAAAUCGACGAAGCUUUAGAUGAACUUGCCCACCCACAAGCUGACUACGCAACGUUCGCCCGAAUGUUUGGGCGGCAUAGAGAACGGCAGAUUGAAGAAAAUGAUCGGGUGGACGCGGCAGGAGAACUUUAUGUAUUUGAGCUCCUUAAGGCCUGCGGAGUCACAAAUUUCAGCAUCGAAAACUGGCAGAGCUCAAUUCGUCGCUACGUGAACAUCCUCCCUGAGUACGCAAGUGAACCGUCGUGGCAUGGCCGUGAGAUCUCGGACAUAAUGUACGAAGGCAACUGUCCGCAGCUGAUGAAGUUGCUUCGAGAGAACACGACAUUACCCUAUCCCGCCUGGCUUGGGCUUGGAUCCAGCGGGACUUCAACGUCAAGACCGGCAGUCAAUUAUCACAUCCAAGUCAAGACCACACCCUGGUCCUGCGAUACUCCGUUCUUCAUGAGCAGCAAUCAGUACAGACUCAUGCGAGACAAAGCCUGUCUGAAUGACUCAAUGACGGCCCCGAGAGAUGUGUACUUGAUCAUGAGAGUGUGGAACCUGUUCUCUAGCAGCAUUGGGUUGCAGGUGUAUGUCAACCCCUGGCAUCUCAGAGACGCAGGCAUAAAAUUCGUGGCGGAUCCGUGGAAGGUCGUUCCUAUGUCACGCUUGUGA